AUGAACAAAGUAAUGUUUCCACGCACGGAUCUCAAUCAGCGUGUCUCACCACAUACCAGAUUAGGAAAGGAUACCACAUCGUCAAACCCCGAGGCACCGAAAGACAGUCCUAACCGGGCUAUUAACGAAAUCCAUAAUUCGUCCUACAGCACCGCUGGAGUUGCACAGAAUGCAAAAGAAAAUUCUGAAACAGGUGAAUUAUCUUCAAAACAGUCCCCCGUUAAAAUAAACAUCUGGAAACAGUCCAACGUCGGAUUCUCCGCACUUCCAACACAAAUAAAUCGCAAGGCGAAUCAAAAAGGUUUCACAUUCAACAUUCUCAUUGUGGGUGCAUCUGGACUUGGAAAAUCAACAUUUUUGAAUUCACUUUUUAUGACGGAUAUUUAUAAUGACAUAUACGCCGGUCCAUCAGUUCGAUUUUAUCGUGAUAGAACGACAAGUCCAGUGGCAUCAGCUACAUUCGAACUGAUGGAAAACAAUGUUUCCCUCGGAAUGACCGUCAUCGACACGCCGGGCUUUGCCGAAUCGCUUGACAAUUCGGCCUGUUGGGAGCCCAUCCUGAAUGAAAUUGACCGACGGAAUGCAGCCUUUAUGGAUGCUGAACUGAACAUCAACCGCAACAUCUCCGGCUGUGGUUCACAUGGACGUCUGGGUGUCUUUCCGGAGCAGCUUGUCCACGCCUGCUUCUAUUUCAUUGAGCCCACUGGGCACGGGCUCCGAAUGGUGGAUCUUAAAGCCAUGCAUCAUCUUUGCGACAAGGUUAGCACAUAG